UGCGAAUGCGAGCGUGUGUCAAUCACCCGUUCUCGUGUGAUGGCUGCUUCCAGUGACGUGCCCGCCAUAUCCUGGCACCCGAGCUGGUACGGCCGAAACAUGCUCACGCGGCUCUUCAGCGAGCAGCAGACGGCGGCCAUGUUGCCAGACGCGCUACACACGCAGCACAAGUUCCCCAGCUGGGCCGACGACAGCGCCAGCGACGACUCCAAAACCCGCGACGACGAACACUGCCCCCGAGGAGACCUGGAGGAGGACCUGAAGGGAGACAGCAGCCGCGCCCACUCCGAGAUGACUGGGGAGGAGGAGGAAGAGGAGGAGGAGGAAGAGGAGGAGGAGGACUGUGUGAACGGAGUGGACGGGGAGCAUCGCGGGCCCAAGAGGCGCGGGCCAAAGAAGAGGAAGAUGACUCCUGAACGAGUGGAGCGCUCCAAGGUGCGUCGGGAGAAGGCCAACACCCGGGAGCGCACGCGCAUGCACGACCUGAACUCUGCGCUGGACAACCUGCGCAAGGUGGUGCCCUGCUACUCCAAGACGCAGAAGCUCUCCAAGAUCGAGACGCUCAAGCUGGCGCACAACUACAUCUGGGCGCUGGGCGAGAUCCUGCGCGCCGGCAAGAAGCCCGACGUGGUCUCCUACGUGCAGACGCUCUGCAAGGGCCUCUCGCAGCCCACCACUAACCUCGUAGCCGGGUGCCUGCAGCUGAACGCACGCAACUUCCUGACGGAGCAGUGCCCGGACGGGGUCGGGGUGGGGGUCGGAGGCGGAGGCGCUCGCUACCCCCAUCACCACCCCCACCACCUGUCCGGUCACCCGGCCUUCUCUCUGCACGGCUUCCCUUACCAGUGCCCCCCGCAGGGUGGCACGCCGCCAGGUGGGCACGUGCUGCGAAGUAGCCACCACUCGUACGGUUCGUCUUACGAUGCCAUGUAUCCAACGGGGGCGUCUCCGGACUACAGUAGCCCUGACUACGAGGGUCAGCACAGCCCUUCCUCGGGGGGAGGAGGGUGUGUCAAUGGGGGCUACUCUCACAGACAGCAUGACUCUGUGUCGCCCGGUGCGGAGCGCGGCGCCGGAUACCACUACUCUAUGCAUUACGCGGCGGGGCUGACGGGGUCGCGAGGGGCCUCCGCCGCUUAUGGCCCCGGAGCCCGCGGAGGAGGAGGAGCAGGUGGAGGAGGAGGGGGAGGAGGGCCACACUCUGAAAACAUCCCGCCGUUUCAUCCUGACGUCCAUCACGCUGGCCAUGAGCGAGGAUCAUCUGCCUAUGAGGAGCUAAAUGCCUUUUUCCACACCUAG